AGAACAGGGGGUUAGCUGCAGCAGCCCAGCUUGCUGCAAGCCUCCCAGUCAAAACCUUCCUAAAACAACCCUUUGGCGGCCUUGGAGUAUAAUUUAAUCUUCCUUUGAUGACUCCAGAUUUCACCCUGCCUCAGGUCACUCGGAGAACAUCAAUAAUUGCUGAGUCCAGGUGGAGCCGGGUAUGAAAGAUGAUCCAUUGCAGGAAUGCUGCCUCCCAUGUGCAGGAGCACCUCUCUUGCUGGUUGUUCUCCACUCCAGGUCCUCUGAACAUCAGCUCAGAGGCACUCUGGACACGCAGACCUGAGUCCUUUUCCAGAUUCUCGCUUAGGAAACAUGCCCUGAGCCACUAAGCCCUUUGUCCAGCAAGCAGCCUCUAGGCUCAGCCACACUCCACUCCCCAGCCCCCUCUCCACCCUAUCAACAGCCUUGGCUGAGGCAGCCCUUUCAGGAGAGCUGGGCUUGGUGGGUGCACAGCAUUCCCCCUGCCGGAUGUUAAUCUUCCAAAGAAAGUCAAACAUUAGCCCAGGAAACAGCUUAUGCCUUAUAUAAGGCACCCCAGGGGAGACACAAACAGCUUGUUAGAGCUGAGCUGUCCUACUACAGCAGCUGCUGGACCCUAGGACAGAGCACGGGCAACUGCUGCAUCCAGCUCCAGCCCAACUGAAUCCAGCUCCAACCACCAGUUUUGGUUCAUCUUGCCUGGUGCCAUGACCUUCUCCGAGAUUCUGGACCGUGUUGGAAGCAUGGGCCCCUUCCAGUACCUGCAUGUGACCUUGCUGGCCCUCCCAAUCCUCGGAAUAGCCAACCACAACUUGCUACAGAUCUUCACAGCCACCACCCCUGACCACCACUGUCGCCCGCCCCCCAACGCCUCUCUAGAGCCCUGGGUACUCCCCUUGGGCCCAAACGGGAAGCCUGAGAAGUGUCUCCGCUUCGUGCAUCUGCCAAACGCCAGUCUUCCCAAUGACACCCAGGGGGCCACCGAGCCAUGCUUGGAUGGCUGGAUCUACAACAGCACCAGAGACACCAUUGUGACAGAGUGGGACUUGGUAUGCGGCUCCAACAAACUGAAGGAGAUGGCACAGUCAGUCUUCAUGGCAGGUAUACUGGUUGGAGGACCUGUGUUUGGAGAACUGUCAGACAGGUUUGGCCGCAAGCCCAUCCUGACCUGGAGCUAUCUCUUGCUGGCAGCCAGUGGCUCCAGUGCUGCCUUCAGCCCCAGCCUCACUGUCUAUAUGAUCUUCCGAUUCCUGUGUGGCUGCAGCAUCUCGGGCAUUUCUCUGAGCACCAUUAUCUUGAAUGUGGAAUGGGUACCCACCUCCACGCGGGCCAUCUCAUCAACAACUAUUGGGUACUGCUACACCAUUGGUCAAUUCAUUCUGCCUGGCCUGGCCUAUGCCGUUCCUCAGUGGCGCUGGCUACAGUUGUCCGUGUCUGCUGCCUUCUUCAUCUUCUCCUUGUUGUCCUGGUGGGUACCAGAGUCCAUACGCUGGCUGGUUCUGUCUGGAAAAUUCUCAAAGGCUCUGAAGACACUCCAACGUGUGGCUACCUUCAACGGCAAGAAGGAGGAAGGGGAAAAGCUCACUGUGGAGGAGCUGAAGUUCAACUUGCAGAAGGACAUCACCUCAGCCAAGGUCAAAUAUGGCUUAUCUGACUUGUUCCGAGUGUCCAUCCUGCGCCGUGUGACCUUCUGUCUCUCUCUGGCCUGGUUUGCUACUGGCUUUGCCUACUACAGUUUGGCUAUGGGAGUAGAAGAAUUUGGAGUCAACAUCUACAUACUCCAGAUCAUCUUCGGUGGGGUUGACAUUCCCGCCAAGUUCAUCACAAUCCUCUCCAUAAGUUAUCUGGGCCGGCGCAUCACUCAGGGCUUCCUCCUGAUCCUGGCAGGAGUGGCCAUCCUGGCCCUCAUCUUUGUGUCUUCAGAAAUGCAGCUCUUGAGAACAGCACUGGCUGUAUUUGGGAAGGGAUGCCUGUCUGGCUCCUUCAGCUGCCUCUUCCUCUACACAAGUGAGCUCUACCCUACAGUCCUCAGGCAAACAGGUAUGGGUAUCAGUAACAUAUGGGCUCGAGUGGGAAGUAUGAUAGCCCCACUGGUGAAAAUCACGGGAGAACUGCAGCCCUUCAUCCCUAAUGUCAUCUUUGGGACCAUGACUCUACUGGGAGGCAGUGCUGCCUUCUUUCUGCUUGAGACCCUCAAUCGGCCCUUACCAGAAACUAUCGAGGACAUACAAGACUGGUACCAGCAAACCAAGAAAACAAAGCAGGAGCCAGAAGCAGAAAAGGCAUCCCAGACAAUCCCGCUGAAGACUGGUGGACCCUAGCUAAGAACAACAGAAUCCUCUUUCCUGCCUUCCAGAGACUGAUCCCAAGCAGGGCCCUUCCAAGGCUAUUCGAGCACCUUAGGGGUUGGGUGGAGCCCCAGCUGGCUCCAUGCUCUCAGAACAAAGACUUCUGAGAGUUCAGCAAAAGUGUUUUACCUUCACCACCUCCACCGUAGCCCACAACCCAGACCUGGCCUGUUCACAGCCCUAGCCAUACUCACUCCUGCACUCAUCCUCCCUGCAACCCAGGCCCUGCCAUUUUUCUCUACCCUCUUUGUAUUGGCCAUUUCCUCCAUUGUCCCACCUCCAUUUCCCUUUGAGAUUCCCUGGCAGUUCUAAUGGUUUCCUCUUACCUUCCCCAAACUCUCUCCUUGGUGGGAAAUUUCAAUAAACCACAAUGAAGAACUCAGGCCAUGCUUCGUGGGAAAGAGGGCUGGCCAUGAUGUGGACAUGUGAGCACACACACAUACCACACACAUACACAUACACACACACACACACACACACACACACACACACACACACACACACACUUGUCCAUCUGUACCAUAUGAACAUAAAGAUAUGGGAACUAAGCUGCAUGCAAGCUAGCCUGCUAUGAAUGCAUACAUGUGUCCUAGUCUGUUUGUGCAGGUAUAACAAACUACCACAAGCUGGAUUGUCUGAAUAACAGAACUGUGUUGCUCAUAGUUGUAGAGGCUCGGAAGUCCAACCUGGGUCAAGGGAUCGGGCAUUCAGUGACUGGUGAGAACCUUCAUACUGUGUCUCUACAAAGCUGGUUCUGUCCAGCUAUUUCAUCAGGCACUAAUCCAUUUCCUGAGAGCAAAGCUGUGUUAGCUUUCUAUCACCAUGUCAAAGUACCUGAGGUAAACAACUUAAAACAAAAGUUUUAUCUGGGCUCUCAGUUGGAGGUUUUGUUCCAUGCUCACUAGGCAUUGUUGCCUCAGAGCCACUGUAGAACAUCAUCACGGGUAGCACUUCAACCCUCUCCAAGGGUUUAUAUUCCCGAGGCCUGCUAAUCAAAUACUUCCAGAACCCUACAUAUUAGGGUUUCUAUUGCUAUGGUAAAACACCAUGAUUAAAAGCCUCUCCGGGAGAAAAGGGUUUAUUUCAUCUUACAAUGCUCAGGUUCCACCUCCUCAAAUCAGGGCAGGAACUGAAGUAGAGGUCAUGAAGGAACACGGCUUACUGACUGCUCCUCUUGGCACCACCAGCCCAGGGGUGGCAUCAGCCAUAGUGGGCCAGGUCCUGCCACGUCAAUCAUUAAUCAUGCCAAUACCCCACAGGUUUGUCUACAUGCCAGUCUUAUGGAGGGAUUUCUCAAUUAGGAUUCCCUCCUCCUAACUUGUGUUACGUGACAAAAAAAAAAAAAAAGAGCCAGGACACUCAGCUUGGAUCAGUUCCAUCCAAGCACUCAACAGAGGCUAUUGCCACUAUAUAGGACAUGCCAACCUACUCUAUUGCUUCCCAUUAUCAACCACAGAGCUAAUGACUGCUCUCAAGUAUGUAUUUAGAGAUUUGAGAGGGUGCUUAAUAAACAUAAAAGGAUUUUACUGUA